GUUCACCAUUUCAAAAUUCCAGCCUCCUACGCAUCCACGUCAGCACCCUUCCGACCAAUCAGAUUUUUUCUUAACUCCUUUUUUUUUUCUUUUAAGUUUUUUUAUACCCCAAUUAGAAUGUGCCACUUAACUCUCUCUCUCUCUCUCUCUCUCUCUCUCUCUCUCUUCUUUUUCAAUCUCCCCUACUAUUCUUAAUUGAUCCAUAUUUAUUUUGUUUCAACUCCGAAUUUAAAUAUUAUUGCGCGAAAAAAUUAGAUUUUAUGUGAUCUACACAAGGAUACCCAUAUUGAUAUAUGUUUUUUUUAAAACAUAGCCACAAUCAUAUAUUUACAAGGCAUGUUCCUAUUCGAUAGUUGCGAAACUAUAUCAAUAUCAUUCGAUUGUACCGCCAUAAAGUAUAUACUAACAUAGAUCGCAUAACAAAUUUCUUAUUCUACUGAGUUACUAAAUUAUAUCAAUGUCUAAUUUUGUAAUAUCAUAAUAAUAAUGCACAACAAUUUCAUGGGUGCUAAAAUAUUAUCGUGCGGUACAAACUAAUUUACCUUUAAAAAAUCAUUUAGCGGCCAACUGGUCGGACUCAAAGAUAUACAAGAUUCGGAAUGAGAGAGGACAUGACAGACUGAACAAAAUAGACACUUUAGGAGGAAAAAAAUACCAAAGUACAUAUUUGAAACAAAAUUUACCCGGCCAACGGACCGGGUACCAAACUAGUGUAAUUUUAACACUUUUCUCUCUAAUUCUCAGAAACAAGGUUGUCCACCCGCGGGUUGACCCGGACCCGGUCGAGCUAGUGGGUUAAGGGUUAAUGGGUCAACUGUUUUAGCCCGGUUUAGCCCGGAAAUAUAGAAAAAGUCAUUAUAUUGUACUUAUCCUCAUAAAUUAUAUAAAAUCUUAUCUAGCAUAUGACUUAUAACAUAUAAUAUUACACCAAAAUAACAUAUCAUACUUAGAUCCAACAUAUAGUGAAAAUUCACACACACUUAUAUAACAUAAAUAUUCAAAUGUCCAACUUAUGAUUCCAAAGAUUGAGUUAGGCGAAAAGAAAAAUCGGAAAAUAGGCGCAUUUCGCAAACCAAAGAAAAAAAUGACACAAUUUGACCUCCAGUCCGGUACCUUGUAACGGUCGGCCCGGCGGGUGCGUAUGGCCCGUUUUUCUCACCGGGUUAGGGUCAAAGUGGGUCGACCCGCGGGUCAACCCGCGGGUUGACAACCUUGCUCAGAACUUCCUAAGAAUUAGGCAUGCCAGAACAAUAAUAAUAUUGCUGAACAUUCCAUCUUUUAGUCGGGUACAAUGCAAAGUAGCAGUUACAAGUUAGUUUAAAACUUGCAAGGAACAACAUAACAUACCAGAACCGCAAUAUGAUAAUGUACACACUUGCUUCUAGCUGCUAUAGCUUGUAACUGAUGAUGAUCAAAAGUCGUCAACAACACCCAACCUAGCUCCUAGACCGACCCUGCUCUCUUUACUUUUAUCUACAUCGAUGAUCUCAAGUAGCUAGCGUGCUCUCCUUCAUCACCAGUUUGCUUCCCUUUCAUCCCAAUGAUAUCCAGUCCAUCCAUGGCCAACUAAUUAAUUCCUCAAUCCACACUCAUCAUCACAAACAGCAGAUGCCGUAACUCAACUCCCACAAGCAAUACAUCAAACCCCCGCGUUUCCACAACUCUCUGCUAUAUAUAACCUUCAUUAUCUCAUCAGUCUGCAGAUAUAAGCCUAAUCAUACAGCACUUGAUCGGUUCAUCAUGUCUCCGGCGGCCCGCGGCAGGGGCGGCGGCGGCUCCUCUAGCUACAACCUGAGAGGUUUUGUGGAGUUGUUGCGAGACCGCUACUGCAGUUCCUGGAGGAGAAGCAAUAACGUAGUGAACAUUUCGUCAGCUGCUAAUUCAUACAAUACUAAGCCGCCUUCGUCUUCAGGGGAUGACAAUGGCAGCUGCCGUGCUUCUGCUGAUAUAGCGAAAACAACCCAGAAAGGAUUGCAAUUGAUCAGUUGCAAGAACUGGGCAGAGAGCUUGUUUCUUGGCCCACCACCAUCAUCACUGCCGCCUCCAUCACGGCCACCUCCGAGUCCCAGAUAUGGCUUCUCUGGUUGGGCGAAAUGGCUGCUUGGCACGAUCCUAACUGUCGUCCUGCCUUUCUGGAAGCAAAAAUGGGAGAGGUUGAAGACAAUUGAAGGGGAGGCGGAGAUAGUGGCAGAGCAGGUGGAGAGCGUGGCGGAGAUUGUGGAGCAGGUGGCGACGGUGGCGGAGAAUGUAUCGGCGGAGGUGGCGGAGAGCAUUCCUGGUUCCGGGGGGAAGCUAAAGGAGGCGGCUUUGAUGGUGGAGAGGGUGUCGAAAGUAACUGCUCAUGAAGCUCAUGUAGCCAGAGAGUUCUUGCACAAGGUUGAUAAGUUGAAGGAUGAUCUUGAUGAAUUGGAGAAGAUGGUGGAACCAAAGCCAAGCCCUCCUUCAUCACCUACUCGUCAAUACAAUAAUGCUCAAGGAAGAUUGUAAGCUUCUGUACAUGUAAAUCACAAAUAAAUCAAGGCCAUAAUCUUUG